AUGGUGGUUGAUGCUGCUGGACCAGAAUUGAUGAGUCAAUUUGAAGAACACAUGGAGGAGCCUCCGAAUGCAGAAGCUAAAAAAUUUUAUGAUUUAUUACAGUCUGUUCAGCGCCCAUUAUUUGAGGGAUGUAUGGAUCAUUCAGAAUUAUCAAUGGUAGUUAAAAUGUUGAGUAUAAAAGCUAAAGGAAAUGUAUCUCAACAGAUCUUUGAUGAUUUCGUGAAAGCUAUGAAAGAAGUGAUGCCGAAGGAUAACUUACUUGUCUCCAAUUUUUAUGAAGCAAAGAAGUUAGUAUCAAAACUUGGCAUGAAAAGCAAUAAAAUUGAUUGUUGCAUUAAUGGUUGUAUGCUGUAUUACAAGGAAAAUGAUAUACCAAGAAAGGAAUGUAAAUUUUGUCAUUCUCCAAGGUACAAGAUAGAUAAAAAGGGUAAACCAGUGCCUUUGAAACAAAUGCACUAUUUACCGCUUAUACCUCGUUUAAGAAGACUUUAUGCUUCAAUGAACACAGCACCUCACAUGCGAUGGCAUUUUGAUCACGAAUUUAAAGGAGUUCUUGAGCAUCCAUCGGAUUCAAAAGCAUGGAAGUAUUUUGAUAGAAAACAUCCACAAUUUUCUCAAGAACUAUGCAAUGUCAGACUAGGAUUAUGUGCUGAUGGAUUCACCCCUUUUGGUCAAUCUGGUAAACAAUAUUCAUGUUGGCCAAUAAUUGUCACUCCUUAUAACCUGCCUCCUUCUAUGUGCAUGAAAACUCCUUACAUGUUUUUAUCCAUGAUUAUUCCUGGUCCUCGUAAUCCCAAAACUAGGAUUGAUGUAUACCUACAGCCCUUGAUUGAUGAGCUAAAACUACUAUGGGAAGAUAGCGUUUUAACUUAUGAUAUUCAUUCCAAGUCAAAUUUUGUAAUGCGACCUGCAUUGUUGUGGACUAUUAAUGAUUUUCCUGCAUAUGGAAUGUUGUCUGGAUGGAUGACAGCAGGCAGACAAUUCUUGCCAGAUAAUCACAUGUUUAGAAGAAACAAGGAUGCAUUCUAUAAAAAUAGAAUUGAGAGAUCAGAACAUCCGCCAAGAUUGACUGGAGAGCAAAUAUGGGAUAUAGUUCAGAAUUAUGAUAAGAUAAGUGAUGUUGAGCAACUUGAGAUAGAAGGAUAUGGAAGUAUGCAUAAUUGGACCAAAAGAAGCAUAUUUUGGGAUUUGCCUUAUUGGCGUCAUAAUUUAAUCCGUCAUAACCUUGAUGUAAUGCAUAUUGAGAAGAAUGUAUUUGAUAAUAUAUUCAAUACUGUCAUGGACAUCAAAGAGAAGACUAAAGAUAAUGCAAAGGCUAGAAUGGAUAUGUCAUUAUACUGCAAGCGAAAAAGUUUAGAACUGACAGAACAAAGUGGAGGUAAAGUUAUAAAACCCAAAGCAAACUACACAUUUACUCUCCAGCAAAAGAGGGCAAUAUGUGAAUGGGUGAAAGAGUUAAGGAUGCCUGAUGGAUAUGUUUCAAAUUUAGGAAGAUGUGUUGACAUGAAGGAGGGCAAGUUAUAUGGAAUGAAAAGUCAUGAUUGUCAUAUAUUUAUGGAACGUUUAUUCUCAAUCGCUUUUAGUUCAUUGCCAGAGCAGAUAUGGAAGCCAAUAACAGAGUUAAGUCAAUUUUUUCGAGAUUUAUGCUCAACAUCGUUACGAGAAGAUGUUCUCAAUAAGCUUGAAGAAAAUAUUUCAAUUAUACUAUGCAAGUUAGAACGUAUUUUUCCUCCUGAAUUUUUUAACUCAAUGGAACAUCUACCUAUUCAUUUGCCAUUUGAAGCAUUGCUUGGUGGUCUUGUGCAAUAUAGAUGGAUGUAUCCUUUUGAGAGGAUCUUUGUCGACUUCAUAUACCAAGAUCAUAUUACUUUAAGUGAUGAACAAGUUGAUCAAUUUAUUGAAGCGGAUUUUGUAAAGUGGUUUAAAAAUUAUGUUCAAGAUCCUUUAAAUAAUGUGACGGAUUUGAAUAUUCAAUCCUUGGCAUGGGGUCUUUUGAGAACUGUUAAAUGUUUGCCUAUUUACAAAGUCAAUGGCUUCAAGUUUCACACAAGAUCUCAAUCAAGUGGAAAGUCAACUCAGAAUUAUGGAAUAUGUGUCAAAGGCACAUGUUAUGGUGAAUAUGAAAAUGAUUUCUAUGGCCAGCUUGAUGAAAUUAUUCAAGUUGAGUAUACUGGGUUACCACUAAAAAGAGUUGUACUAUUUAAAUGUGAAUGGUUUGAUCUCACGAUUGGCAAAGGAACAAAGGUAAACAAAGAGUAUGGAAUCAUACAGAUUCGAAAGAAUCGAUGA